AUGGAGGUGGAGGAGGAGAAAAGACGCUCUACUAGCUAUCGUGGGGGAGCGUGUAUCCCUGAGAGCCUCUUUGACUGCGUAACUCUUGCGUUACGCGGCGACCUCGAGCAUGCGCGGGACAGGCGUCUCCAACUGGCGGACACUGUCUUGAAGCAUCGAGCUGAGUUUGCCUUUGCUUAUCUUGAGAACGAGUGA